AUGGCGAUCGACGAGCCCACCAAAAGGAAGAGAGGGACGCCAGCGGACUCUGCCAAGUCCAAGAUGCGGCGGCAGAAGGUGGUCCAUCGAAGGCGCGGUUUGCUUGAUGAACGCAGCAGCAGGCACGGCGACGGCAACGACGACGACCAUGAUUUUGAGCCGGCGGGUAAGGGAGGGACGCCGGCGGGUGAUUCCUCUCGUUCUGCCAGGACCAAGAUGGGACAGAAGAUGUCGUUGGCGCAUCGAAGACUCUCUUUUAUUGAUGAUGGCAGUAGCAUCAGUAGGCACAUCGCUGCUGCUGCGGUGGCGGCGAAUGAUGAUGGUGGUGGUUCUGAGCAGAUGGAUGAGGAGUUCGUUGCUGAUGUUGCUCAGAAGAAUACGGCAGUUGAUGGCAGCGAUGACAACUUUGUUCCACUGAUAAUGAUGAGAACCAAGAAUGUGAAGAGUGAGCCUGGAAAGCAUCCCGGCUCUCGAUGUAAACACAAAGCCCAGAGAACUAUCACUAAAGCUCAUAAAAGGAAGAAGACAAGGAGGCCAGCAGGGUCCAAGAGGAAGAUAGAGAAGAAGCCAAUGUUGGUUGACAACAACAACAUUAGUAAGAGUAAUAAAGGCACGGAUGCUGAUUUUGAGCCAGAGAUACCUGAUGAUGAUAGCCGGAAGAAAUAUGCAAGUGCUUUGGACAGAGCUUUAGAGGUAGAAAACAAAUUGCCAGCAGAAGGUCCAAGCUUCGUCAAGCUUAUGCAGAAAUCACAUGUUGUUAAAGGUUUUUGGCUGGGUGUCCCGCUCCGCUUUUGCAGAGAGCAUCUUCCAAAGCAUGAUGUUACAAUUGUAUUAGAAGAUGAGGAUGGGCACGGGUUUGAUACAAUUUACCUAGCUCGCAAGCAGGGCCUAAGUGGUGGGUGGCAUGGGUUUGUGGUACGCCAUGGUCUUAAGGUCGGCGAUGCCGUGAUCUUUCAACUCGUCGGACCGAAAAGAUUUAAGGUGUAUAUACUGAGAGAGAAUAAGUUCACUACAACCGAUGGAGCGCUCGGUCUCUUGAGUUUGGACACGUCCAUGGAAAACCACAUACCCGAAAAAGAAGAAAAAACUUCGGAUGAAGGUGUCAAGUCCAAGGCGGAUCCAGAGGUCACCAAAGUUAUCAGAAACAAAGCAUCCGACGACGAUAGCAAUGACCUUUUCAGUGAAGAAGCCGUGAACGGUGGCAGCAGAUCAGCAGCAGAUCCAGACCCUGAUUUCGACGCCGUGAAAACAUUCAGAGCCUUCAAGACCGCCGUCGACAGUUGUGUUAUUGACCGCAAACUAGUCCCCGAUCACCAGCUUUGGACGUACUACAAGCUGUGCGGCGCUCGCAAGGCGUUCCUCCACAGGCGUCUGCCGAAGCACAUAAACCCGACGCUAGCCGCAGGGGUGAUAGCAGAGACGGCCAGCAUCGCUGAGGGCAUCAGGUCCUACCCGGCCUCCUCCUCUUCUCCAGAGGACCUCGUGGCGUGGAAGAAGACCCUGGAGUCAUUUGAGCUGCUGGGCAUGGACGUCAGCUUCAUGCGCAAGCGUGUCGACGAGCUCCUUUUCCUCCUCGACGCCGGGCCAUCAGAUGAUCACCCGUCUGAGCGGUACGAGGAGAUGAAGCUGGAGCGUGCUCGCGCCGCGGAGAAGGUGAGGGCGCUCGAGACGAAGAUGGCGAGCCUGAAGGAUGCUCUCAAGGAGAUGGACAUGGAGAUGGAGGAGAUCGCGGGGGAGAGGAGGAGGGGCCAUGCUGAUGCUAUGCUGCAGCUGGCGGCCGCGCCGUGGUGA